GGUUUACAAACUGUCAUAUUCAUUAUCAUGGCGGAGGACGAAGACGGUGUUUCGGAUAAAAAAGCAACUGAAAGUUCAAAUAAUGGAGAAUCUUCGCAAGAUAAUCAACAAAAUGCCAUUAAACCCGACUUAGGAAUAGAAGAAGCUAAGUAUGAUGUUAAAGAAAAUGGAGAUGCGGAGCCUGUUGAACCUAUAUGUUCAUCGUCUAAAUCGACUGGUGCAGUGCGCAAAGAAGAGAAUCCUUUUUCUUUCCGGCACUUUUUGAAGCGAGACCUGUCUCUGCCAGGGAAUUCAACAUAUGAAAACACGGGAGCCAGGCCGAAAGUUUACGCGAAUACAGUGCAGCAUUCUCCAACAAAAAUAGAUAUUCACGCUGAUUCGAGGCGUGACAAAAUACGUUCAAGUGAAAUUCAAGCCAAAGAUAAACAAAGUGAUGGCAUAAGCCUUCGUAACUGUGACAAUACGUCUUCGAGUAGUUCCGUAGAAAUACCUUUUAGUGUAGUUGAUAAUACCGAUUCUAAGCAUAAUCUAUACGCGGAUAGUUCCGACGGGCCUUUUUUUCACAGGCCUAACUUAGCUUCGGAGCCUUUAGGCAUGCCGUCAUUACCUGAUUUUGUGCAAGACCACAUAUUAGUGGAGCAAGCCUAUUUGAACUCUAAUGGCCCUAUAUCUGUCGAUUUGGACAAUUUACCUGAUUUCACAUUUAAUACUAAUUUUAAUGCUGGAUCAUCGGCUUCCUUGGGAAGAAGGAAUAAAAGUGGAUAUGGUAGUAAUAGGGGUUAUGACUUUGAAUCUUACAUGGGAGCGGCCUCCACAUCUGCAGACUCUGGUCCAUCCACUCGUAACAUUCCUUUGGACUUGCCCACUGGUGCAGAGGCGGCUGGGCCGGUGCCUCUUGACCUGCCUGUGCACCUCAGCUUGGAUUUAACUGAGUCAGUUAACUCAGCUGAUCGCAGGAAUGUGUCUCCUAGAAAUAGUUUUCCAUUGGACUUGCCUCCUAAUGUAGGUGCAGAGUCCAUGAGGCUACCAGACUUCCUACCGGUGCAUCCUGGCAGAACUUCACCAGAACCAGAGCAUCAAGACGAGCAGUUGCAGCAAAUUAUCUCUGAAUUAGAGCGCAACAGGGCCGAGCUGUUCGCGGAGCGCAGUCGUCGCUCGCGCGCGGAGGAGGACGCUCGUGCGGCGCGCGAGGUGGCGACGCAGCUGCGCGCCGAGGCGGCGGCCGCGCGCGCCCGCCUGGGGGAGGCGCGGCGCGCCGACCGCGACUACGCCGGCCAGCUCGACGCCGUGUCGCAGCGCGCGCACUCCAACCUGCUCGACACCGCCGCCCGAGCAUCCGAGGCGGAAACGACGGUCUCCAAAUUGAAAAAUGAAAUAAAAAGACUAAAGGAGGAGCUGUCGGCGAGUCGCGCGGAGGCGCGCGGGCUGCGCGCGGCGCAGUGCGGCGUGGCGGCCGACCUGCGCCGCGCCAGCCACCGCGCCGAGACCUCGCUCAGGGAGCUCCUGUCGGGCUUGGAGCGGUUACGGACCCUGAGUUCGACGCUGGACCCGACAUGAUGCUAGCUCCCAUGUUCCUGUCGACGACACCUCAACUUUUGUAUUCAUUUAUUUCUCUAAACGCUGCUAUUUAUAAGAUAAUUUAUUAAAUAUAAUUAUUUAACCUAUACUGAGUUGAUUAUACUCUCUGUAACUCAGUUGUAAAAAUAU